AUGUCAACUUUUUUCGAUGGAAUGAAGAAAUCCUUCAAGGAUGUCCCUUUGGUGGAUGGAAAAAUAGCAACGGACGAGUUCCUGCAAGCGUCGGAGUCCUUGAUUAAACUAUUUGACCUCUUGGGUUCUUCAGCAUUUGCUGUAGUCCAAAAUGACAUGCAAGGAAAUGUUGACAAAAUUCGUAAAAAGCUUCUUGAGUCACCUGUCGAUGCUGCUACGCUUCAAGACUUGGUUUUGGAUGAGAAAGACGCAUCGAUCAAGGGCAAAUCCGCUACCCAAGGUUUAUUAUGGCUAUCUAGAGGCCUUCAAUUUACUGCAGCAGCUAUGAGAGAGACUGUAGACAAUCCAGACUAUGAACUCACGAAGGCUUUCACUAAUGCCUAUGGUAAAACCUUAAGUAAGCAUCAUUCGUUCGUGAUCAAGCCAAUUUUCAAGUUAGCUAUGAAAGCCUGUCCAUAUAGAGCGGACUUUUUCAAAAAAUUGGGAGAUGACCAAGAAAAGGUCACCGCUCAACUCUUGGAAUGGUUGGCCUCUUUAGAAAACAUUGUCAAGAUUAUCUUUUCCUUUUUUGAGUCUGGAAACUACGGUAAGGGGUUGUAA